GAAGUCAAUGACACUGAGACUGUGUUCGUUUUAAAAACCUCAGGAUACCGAGCGCCUUACAUGUAUUUGUUUCCUAGAUUUUAUUGUUUUUAACUGUACGCUUUUAAAUGUGUGACAGAGGCGACUCUAAUGAUGGAGAGGUCAGUAAGCGCAGAGUGGCGUAUGUUUACAGUUCGGAGUAUGUUGAGACGUGUGACUCCUUAUCGAAAGUGCCGAACCGGGCAAGUAUGGUCCAUUCCCUGAUUGAAGCCUAUGGAUUGUUACAGUACCUAAGGGUGGUCAAGCCUCAUGUGGCUUCGAUGGAGGAGAUGGCAGUGUUCCACACGCACUCCUACCUAGAACAUCUCCACAAGAUCAGCCAGACCGGUGACAACGAUGACCCUCAGUCUGCUGAUUUCGGACUGGGGUAUGAUUGCCCGGUAGUGGAGGGUAUAUUUGAUUAUGCAGCGGCUGUUGGUGGAGCCACUCUGACUGCUGCCCAGUGUCUGGUGGAUGGAAAGUGUGAAGUAGCUAUCAACUGGGCAGGAGGCUGGCAUCAUGCCAAGAAGGAUGAGGCGUCAGGCUUCUGCUAUGUGAACGAUGCUGUUUUGGGCAUCCUCAAACUGCGAGAGAAGUAUGAGCGGGUACUUUAUGUGGAUGUGGAUCUUCAUCAUGGAGACGGUGUGGAAGAUGCCUUCAGCUUCACUUCCAAAGUGAUGACGGUGUCUCUGCACAAAUUCUCUCCUGGCUUCUUCCCAGGUACAGGCGAUGUGAGUGACACAGGACUAGGGAAGGGCCGCUGGUAUGCUGUCAAUGUGCCUCUGGAGGAUGGAAUCAGAGAUGACCGCUAUCUCCAGGUCUUCACCAGCGUCAUGCAAGAAGUGAAAGCGGUGUUUAAUCCAGAGGCUGUUGUGAUGCAGUUAGGAGCAGACACCAUGGCCGGUGACCCCAUGUGCUCUUUCAACAUGACUCCUGUUGGGGUUGGCAAGUGUCUGAACCAUAUUCUGGAGUGGGAGCUACCUACGCUGCUGUUAGGAGGAGGCGGUUAUAAUCUUGCCAAUACUGCCCGCUGCUGGACCCAUCUGACAGGGACAGUGCUGGAACAGACUCUGUCCUCAGAGAUACCAGACCACGAGUUUUUUACGGAAUAUGGUCCGGAUUAUUCCCUGGAGAUCAGCCCGAGUUGCCGACCCGACCGCAACGAGAGCCAGCAACUGGAGCGGGUCAUCAGCACCAUCAAAGGGAAUCUGAAGAAUGUGGUUUAGGAGUGGGCUCUAAGCUCAUGUUUCCAAAUCAGACCCUGCACUCCUAAUGAAGACAGCAUGUGGGAGCCAUCGCCAGAGGGGAGCUUUGGAAAACAUUACUUGAAUGUUUCCAAGGAUUUUUUUUUCUUAAUGGGAAAGCGAGUGGGCCAGUGUUACCCCAUUUGAAAGUUUCUACUCAAAGGGGGUCAGAGGGUGACCGGUCAAAUCUCUAAAGGGUUUUUAUUAUUGUUUUUUUGUUUUGUUUUGUUUUUGUUUGCCCCCCCUGCCCACGGCCCUAUUAGACAGAAAAUGAAAACUAAAUUUUACUCCACUAGACUACAGUAGGUCAAGAGACAUUUAAAAAAAAAAGUUUGUACUUGGUUAUUUUAACCAAUGUGUAGUCUUUGUUUUGAUGACAGUCUCUUGUUUUGAUCAUGGAUAUGCUUGAGAAAUGUAGUUAAACAUGCAGUACAUGUUUAGUGUAUGGCUCUGUCGUCAAGGAUUUGACCCCCUUUCUGACAUGGCAUGCAGCUCCAUGUUCCCUGAUGAAAUCCUGUCACUGUCAUACUGGGACUGCCAGCACGAACAUGCACUCUCCAAACGUUCUAACCACCCAAACAUGCUCACAGAAACUGGAAUACAGAUAGAAGAAAGAAUGAUGGGGCAGGAGAGUGAAUAGGUCUCUUUGAAUGGGGGUUAACACAACAGGCUCCUUCUCUGUGGCUAAUAAAUACUGUAACUGUUUAUUUUGUCCCUUCUUUAAGUUUGUUUUCCAUAAAUUUAAAGGCUUUGGACAGACUUAAGCAUUAUGACUCACAAUCCAACCUGACCCACCACCAACCGUUUCCAGCUUCGCCUGCAUUAACCUGUGUCCUUUUACAUGAUUCACACCGUGAAUUUGAGAAGAGGAAAAAAUGACACAAAGAGAAAUUAAUUGGGGCAGAAUGACCAAAUAACAGUUUUAACUGAAACCACCACCUGGUGGAACAAACAGUUCUGUAUGUUUUUAUUAUUCCUUUCUGGCCUCUAUUCAUUUUCUGUGUGAACUUUGACAUUUCAGUGUAAAUAUUGCUUUGUUAAUAAAAUCCAAAAGCCAA